CUCUAUUUUUUUUUAUCAUUUUCACUUUGCUGUGCACGUCUCUCAAUAUCCAUUUUCGAACUUAAAUAUCUUGUGUUAUAUAUUAAUAAAAAUUAUAACGAUUGCAUAUCAAUAAAGUAUUAAUUGAGACAAAUCAGACAAUCUCCCUCAUGAUUAUAUUUUUUUCUUAUAAAUUAAAAAAAAAAAUUGAAAAAAUUCUCGCUAACUAUAAAUAAUGUCAAAAAUACGAGUGAGAAUGAUAAAAAACACACAUAUUGAUCUAAUUCAACUCUUCACUAUACCCACAAGCUACAUGCAAUAAUCUCACCAAAUAAACAACAUGAUACACUUGCUUUUAAUUCUCCAUGUAUACCAACGUGAGGCAUUGAUUGGAUCAACAUUUACAACUGGACACACUAAUAUUCACAACAUUAAUUUGACCAAGUAAUAAAUAAAUUAUUUCUACUAAUAUAACAAAUAAUAAAAGUACAAAUCUAUAGGUUUAAAUUCUCAUAGUUUCCAUCAACAUUAGAAAUCUUUCCCACACCAUCCAAAAAAAAAAACUCAAAUCUAACCCUAAAAUGGAAGAACAAGAAGAAGGGAUAAUUAAGGCUUUGAUUAAGGUAUGGUUAAAAGUCUUAAUCUCUUUAAUUUAUACUUAUUUCAUUGUAUCCAAAUUUCCCAAAGGAAAAUUAAGAAUUUUCUCUCUCUUACCAAUUUUCUCUCUCUUCACAUUUCUCCCAAAUUCUCUCUCUACCCCAACAACAGCAGGACUUACUGGUUUUUUCUUCACUUGGCUUGCUAAUUUCAAGCUUCUUCUUUUUUGUUUUAAUCUUGGUCCUUUAUCAAAUGAUAAUUUACCCAAAAAUUCAUUCCUUAAUUUCAUACUAAUUGCUUCAUUUCCCAUCAAAAUUAAGCAAAAUGAAAAUUACCCAUUUACCCAAAAUCAAAAAUUACCACUAAAUUUGUGGUCAAAAUGUUUGAUUUACUCCAUUAUUGUUAUUUGUGGAUUUUUAAGUAAUUACAACAAAAAUGUGCACCCAAAUAUUUUAAUGGGUAUAUAUUGUUGUGUAGUUUAUUUGAAUUUAGAGGUUAUUAUGGGAAUUUGUAACAAAAUUGUGGGGUCCAUUCUUAGGAUGGAGUUAUCUCCACCGUUUGAUGAACCUUAUUUAUCAACAUCAUUGCAAGAUUUUUGGGGGAGAAGGUGGAAUCUCAUGGUAUCAGAUGUACUGCGUCACACAGUAUAUUUUCCCAUAAGGGCAUUUUGGGAAAUUCGUAUUGGAAAGAGGUGGGCCCAACUUGUAGCUACAAUGGUUGCUUUUGUGGUGUCUGGUUUGAUGCAUGAGUUGUUGUUUUUCUACAUCACACGUGUGAGUCCCACGUGGGAAGUCACGUGCUUUUUCUUGUUGCAUGGAGUGUGUUUGGUUGUUGAAAUUGGGCUGAAAAGGGUAUUGGGCUUGGGAGAGUUACAUUGGGCUUUAGCUGGCCCAUUAACUGUUGGGUUUGUGAUGGGUACUGGGGUUUGGUUGUUUCUUCCACAACUUGUUAGGAACCAAGUUGAUGUUAGAUCUCUUGAGGAAGUCAAAGCUGUGAGUAGGUUUGUUAAGGGAAUAUUAGCAAAAAAUUAGCAUUGGUUUUUUAGGUUUGUUCCUGAGGGGAAAUUGGGGAUCCCUCCUUGCAAGGAGUAAGACUCGAUCUCAAGAUAUAUGGGAUUGGAGGUGAUAUCAACUCUAUUAGGAUAUCACUGCUGCUCGAUUUAAGAUUUGUAUAUCUCCAUACUAUUUGUUCAAUUAUAUUCUAUGAUACUUCUGAUUAAUUUUAAUGAGAAUCUUUUUACUCUUUGAGUAUGACUAAAGGAAGAGGUAUCCUUGUUCUUGCUGAAGUUUGUCUUGUAAGAGACCGCCUACUUUUAAAAUUAAAUUAGGCAACGGUAAGCCUAAUAUUAAAAAGAA